CUCAGCAUGAACUUUUCCCACAGCAGCUUCAUGUUUCAUGGGUUCCCGGCGCUGCAGAACCACGGCCGUCUGCUGGCGCUGCCGCUGUGCGUCUGCUACCUGGUGGCGUUGCUAGGCAACUGCGUGCUGGCUCAGGUGAUCUGCAGCACCAGGAGUCUGCACGGGCCCAUGUACGUCCUCAUCGCCGCGCUCUGUGCGGUCGACGUCUCCGUGGUGACGGCCAUCGUCCCCAACGCGCUCCUCGGCCUCCUUCUGGGCCGGGACCGGAUCUCGCUGGGUGGCUGCUUGACUCAGAUGUUCGUCACUCACUUCCUGUCCUCGGUGGAGUCCACUCUGCUGCUGGCGAUGGCGUUGGACCGCUACGUGGCCAUCUGCCAGCCGCUACGCUACGCAGAGAUCGUGGACUCGUCCGUGUUCGUGAAGCUGCUGCUCUUCACCGCGGUGCGCAGCGGCUCCAUCAUGGCCACGCUGGUGGGUCUGGCCGGUUCUCUGCGGUUUUGCGGCUCCAACAGCAUCCGGCACUGCUACUGCGACCACAUGGCGCUGGUCAGCCUGGCCUGCGGCAGCACCGCCAGCAGCAGGGCGGCCGGCGUAGCGGUGAUCGUCUGCUUCGUAGGAGUGGACAUUCCUCUCAUCUUCUUCUCCUACGUGAAGAUCCUGAGCGUCGUGCUGCGUGGCGCCGGUGCCAGCGAGGAGCGGCGGAAGGCGUUUCACACCUGCGGGACUCACCUGAUGGUCAUGAUGUGUUUCUACCUGGUCGGCAGCGUCACCUUCCUCUCUCACAACCUGAACAUCCACAUACCGACCGACGCCAACACCUUCAUGGGACUGAUGUACAUCCUGCUGCCGGCCACCGUCAACCCCGUCAUCUACGGAGUUCGGACCAAAGAAAUCAGAAACGGAUUUUAUCGACUUUUCAAACUGAGAGCAAAGAAAAUCGUGAUGGUGAAAGUUUCUCCUGCUGGUAAGAGUUAA